AUGUCUAACGAAGUAGAAACAAGCGCAACUAAUGGUCAGCCUGACCAACAGGCUGCACCAAAGGCCCCAUCCAAGAAGGAAAAGAAGAAAGGCACCGAAAAGACAGAUGAAUAUCUUUUGGCAAGAUUCAAAGGUGAUGGUGUGAAAUACAAGGCCAAGCUAAUUGGCAUUGAUGAUGUGCCAGAUGCAAGAGGGGAUAAAAUGAGCCAAGAUUCCAUGAUGAAACUAAAGGGAAUGGCGGCAGCUGCUCGGUCUCAGGGACAACACAAGCAAAGGAUCUGGGUCAAUAUUUCUCUUUCUGGAAUAAAAAUCAUUGAUGAGAAAACUGGGGUAAUAGAACAUGAACAUCCAGUAAAUAAGAUUUCUUUCAUUGCCCGUGAUGUGACAGAUAACCGAGCAUUUGGUUAUGUGUGUGGAGGAGAAGGCCAACACCAGUUUUUUGCCAUAAAAACAGGGCAACAGGCUGAGCCGUUAGUCAUUGAUCUGAAAGACCUUUUCCAAGUUAUCUAUAAUACAAAGAAAAAGGAAGAAGAAAAGAAAAAGGCAAGUACUAUGGAAGAAGCCAACAAAACAGUAGAGAAUGGGAGUGAUGCCCUAAUGAAUCUUGAUGACCCACCUUGCAAACUAAAAUUGGGUGUUGACCAGAUGGAUUUGUUUGGGGACAUGUCUACACCUCCUGACCUAAGUAGUCCAACAGAAAGCAAAGAUAUCCUGUUAGUGGAUCUAAACUCUGAAAUCGACACCAAUCAGAAUUCUUUACAAGAAAAUCUGUUCUUAACAAAUGGCAUCACCUCCUGCUCUCUUCCUCGACCAAAGCCUCAGGCAUCUUUCUUGCCUGAAAAUGCCUUUUCUGCCAAUCUCAACUUCUUUCCCACCCCUAAUCCUGAUCCUUUCCGUGAUGAUCCUUUCGCACAGCCAGACCAAUCGACACCCUCUUCGUCUGAUUCUCUCAAAUCUCCAGAUCAGAAGAAAGAGAAUUUGAGUAGCUCGUCUACCCCUCUGAGUAAUGGGCCCCUGAAUGGGGAUGUUGAUUACUUUGGUCAGCAAUUUGACCAGAUCUCUAACCGGACUGGCAAACAGGAAGCUCAGGCAGGCCCGUGGCCCUUAUCAAGUACGCAAACACAGCCAGCAGUGAGAACUCACAAUGAGGUAUCUGAAAGAGAACAGAACGGCUUCCAUAUCAAAUCCUCCCCGAACCCUUUUGUGGGAAGCCCUCCCAAAGGACUGCCCGUCCCGAAUGGCGUAAAGCAGGACUUGGAAAGCUCUGUCCAGUCCUCACCACAUGACUCCAUAGCCAUUAUCCCACCUCCACAAAGUACCAAACCUGGAAGAGGCAGAAGGACUGCUAAGUCUCCAGCAAAAGACUUACUUGCAGCAGACAUCUUUGCUCCUCCCAUCUCAGAACCUCCAGGACAAUCUACAGGACAGCCUGCAACCCUACAGACCAACCCUCUGGAUCUCUUCAAAACAAGUGCUCCUGCCCCAUUGGGGCCCCUCCCGGGUCUAGGUGGUGUGCCAGUUCUAUCUGCCCAGGCAGGGCCAUGGAGCCCAGCACCUUUAGUCUUCAGUCAGUCCCCGUCAAUGGUCCCGGGCGCCAUGAUGGCUGGUCAGCCUUCAGGAUUCAGUCAGCCAAUCGUCUUCACCACAAGCCCAAGUGUUCCGGGUUGGAACCAGCCUUCCUCUUUCGCAGUCUCAGUUUCCUCUCCACCCCCUGUAGCGUGGGGCACGUCGGCAUCCAUAACACCCAACACAUGGUCAGCAAAUAGCCCUCUGGGGAAUCCUUUUCAGGGCAAUGUUUUUCCAGCUCCUGCUGUGUCCACCCAGCCCCCUUCUAUGCUCUCCUCUCUCCUGGUCACUCCUCCUCAACCACCUCCCAGAACUGGCCCUCCAAAGGAUGUCCCCAGUGAUGCCUUCAUUGCCUUGGACCCUCUUGGGGACAGAGAAGUCAAGGAAGUGAAAGAAAUGUUUAAGGACUUCCAACUGCGGCAGCCACCUACUGUGCCAGCAAGGAAGGGAGAACAGAACUCCUCUGGGACCUCGAGUGCCUUCUCCAAUUAUUUCAACAGCAAAGUUGGCAUUCCUCAGGAGAAUGCAGACCAUGAUGAUCUGGAUGCUAAUCAACUAUUGAGAAAGAUCAAUGAACUACCAAAGCCAGCUCCCCGACACAGUGCCCCGCCAGUUACCAAAUCUGCUGACAAUGCAUUUGAGAACCCCUUCUCUAAAGAUUCUUUCCACUCAUCACCAGCCUCUAUGGCUUCUCUUCAACCCACAUCAUCCGAUAUAUAUAGAGAUCCAUUUGGAAAUCCUUUUGCCUAA